AGCAGAAUGACCUUUCGUUUCGUCCACUGGUCGCUGUGGCGGCGACUGUAGCCGCUGUCCUGCACCGUAUGUCUCCCUGUCACCACCUUGGACAGGGUUAUUAUUUUGUUUUUUAAUCACCUAAAUACAUCCAGCUCGUCAGAAUGGGGGCUAGCGGAAGCGCGGCGAGAAAAGUGUCGUUCGGACUGGACGAAGACGAAAAGGUCACAGUAAUAGAAGGAGUGAAGCUCUCAGAGGAUGUGCUCCAGCGGAUGAGAGAAGCUCAGAGGUCUAAUAUUGCAAAGCCGCCACCACCACAGCCGACCCCUGAAGAAAAACCAAGUCCAAAAGUAUCUGGACCUUCUACAACAGAAAUACAUGAGGAGAUACGCAAGAAUUUUGAACAUCAACAGGCAAUAAUACAACAACAGUUGGCCAGAUUGGCCCAGAAAGAAAGAGAAGCUGCUGAAACCACCGGCCUGGAUGACCUUACCCCUGCCCUCAUCGUGGAGAAAACAAAGGCCCAUGAAGAGCAAGAAAAGGCCAAAUUACUGCCAGCAGAUUUGGAUGCCUGGGCCAGACAACUGGAGAGGAAAGAACAGGAGCUAGCCAGCCUUUCCAGCUUCUAUAAAGAACAACUAGAAAUACUAGAGAAGAAGAACCUUGAUAACUACAAGCAGACAGCUGAAGAGUACAACCAGGCAGCCACCAAAGCUGAGGCUCAUAUCAGGCCCCGACAGACUGUAUCCGUGUGCACUGACCUGCAGACUAAGGUGCUCCAGUGCUACAGAGAAAACCCUCAGCAGACCCUUCACUGCUCCAGUCUGGCCAAGCAGUACAUGAACUGUGUCCAGCAAGCCAAGACGAGCUCGCUGACAAAUCACGGCUGAGAAACCCGAAGAAACAGUGAGCAGGAAGAGAAGACGGGAGGGAGAGAACUUGUCACAUCCGUCCAUUUUUUUCUUCUACUCUCUAUCCAUUCAUUUAUGUAGCUAUAGUCGCUGAAAAACCACUCUCCUUCUUUCCCACUCACAAUCCUCCUUGUUUUUUGAGUGUAUUAUCUUGACUUGUCAAUCCUGAGUGUAUGAUGUGUUGAUUUAUUGUCAAGUUGCGUCGGCACACCCCUGCCUUUGCUGAAAUAAAUCCCAGUGAUCCGGCGGUGAUGAAACUGCA